AUGGGUACCGUGCACGCGCGGUCUCUGGAGCCGCUCCCCAUGCAGGGCCCUGACCUGGGGGUGCAGCCGGACGACAUUGAGGCCCCAAGAGCUGAGCCCGAAGCCACACAGGAAGUGCUGGAGAACAGAGACGUCGUGGUCCAGCGGGUCCAUGUGGAUGGUUUGGGUCGGACCAAAGAGGACUUCCUGACGUAUGAGAUCAAAGAGGUUUUCAGAGCAAAGAGCCUGAUUGACGUCAUGAAGAGGUCGCACGAAGCCCGCCAGAAGCUUCUGCGUCUUGGCAUCUUCAGGAAAGUCAACGUGGUCAUCGACACGUCCAGAGGAGAGGGCGCUCUUCCUAACGGUCUGGAGGUGACCUUCCACGUGACAGAGCUGAGGAGAGUCACGGGCAGCUACCACACGACCGUGGGCAACAAUGAGGGCAACAUGGUUCUGGGGGUGAAGCUGCCGAACCUCUGCGGUCGAGCGGAGCGACUGUGUUUGCAGUUUUCAUUCGGCUCCAGAGAAACAUCAUACGGAAUAUCACUCUUCAAACCCCAACCAGGGAACAUCCAACGCAGUCUCUCGCUGAACGCCUACAAAGUCAGUGGACAGUUUCCCUGGAGUUCUCUGAGGGAAACAGACCGAGGAGCUUCUGCAGAACUCACUUUCCCUGUGUGGAAGACGUCCCAGAGCUUGAAGUUUGAGUCCGUUUGGAGAGAAGUGUCGUGUUUGUCUAAAACUGCAGCAUUUGCCGUGAGACAAGAAUCAGGACACUCUCUGAAGUCUGCACUGUCUCACUCUAUGGUCCUCGACUCUCGUAGUUCCACCAUUUUACCAAAAUCUGGAGCUCUGCUGCGUGUCCAGCAGGAACUUGCUGGAUUCUCUGCUGGAGAUGUUAGUUUCCUCAAAGAAAAUGUGGAACUGGAGCUGAACAAGAGUCUGAUCUGGGACACUGUUUUGUCUCUGUCUCUGUGGGGGGGACUCCUGCUGCCUAUUGGCGACACCACCACCAGCAUCUGUGACAGGUUCUAUCUGGGAGGUCCGACCAGUGUGAGGGGCUUCAGCCGGAACAGCAUGGGCCCCCAGAGCGGAGGUGAUUACCUAGGGGGGGAGGCCUUUUGGGCUGGGGGCCUCCAUCUCUUCUCUCCGCUUCCAUUUGCUCACAGAAAAAGAGGAUUCAUGGAUCUGUUCCGGACGCACUUCUUUCUCAACGCCGGAAACCUGUGUAACUUAAACUACGGAGAGGGCCCCACGGCUCACUUGCAGCGCCUGGCAGAGUGUGUCCGCUGGUCAUAUGGUCUGGGGCUGGUCCUUCGCUUGGGCAACAUCGCACGACUGGAGCUGAAUUACUGCGUCCCCAUGGGAGUGCAGAGCGGAGACCGGAUCUGUGACGGUGUACAGUUCGGUGCCGGUAUCCGCUUCCUAUGA